ACAAAGCCAGACCCUGUCUCAAAAAAAAAAAAAAGAAAAGAAAGAAAAUGUCACACUGGACUUACUCCCUUUACUCCAUGGUUACUAAACUAGCUGAUGAGGGUAAUACCAUGAUUUAUAUUAAUUUCUGCAAUUAAGUGUCUUCUUAUGUCCUUGUGGAAAAUUCAGAGAUAUGUAAACUGGGUAACAACAGUUGGGUGAAGUUGUGGUUGGUUAAAGAACCAUACUCAAUACGUAUUAAUUAAUGGAUUGAUAUGAACCUGGAGUGGUGGCUCUCGACGUGUUUUCUGUUGUGGUGCACACAGAGGGUGAUGUUCCCCUCUUGGACCCAAGUCCACAGUUGUGUGCAGUUAUACACAGUCCAGCAGACAGGCCACAGGUCCACUCAAGAAAACACUCUGGGAGACAAGUGAGUGCAAGAAACUUUAUUUAAAAAAUAAACUUGAAACCACUGAUUUGAAAAAAGAAAGGCUGGCAGAUUUCAGUACCUUGGACAUUAUUAGGAAUAAAUUAUUUACAAUACUAUAAACUACUAUAAAACAGUCUGUGCUAUGACGAAGCCCUUUGUUCCUCAGUCUCAUCCUGUUCAACCUCCUAAAUACAACUUUAAAGAAUACUAAAAGCCAUGCUUCUAAUCUCCUAGGAAGCACAUGGCUUGAGAGCUUUUAACACGACAGCUGAAAGCAGAAGUGAGCCAUGUUUCAAAACUGGAAGCAGCAUUCAGUGCCAGAAAAUGUAUAAGGAGGGAAGGUUUAAAUUAGUACUUAAAGGUUGCUCAUUUUUAAGAAUGUAUUUUUGAUACCUCCAUCUAAGGGGGUUUUGUUUCUAUAAGUCUAAUUCCAAGUGGACUUCUCUUACAAACAGAAAUGUCACAAUGGCCAAUUAUUAUUUAGGUAAAUAUUUUUAUAUUUUAAAGAAAUAAUUUGUUAUUUUUAAUUAAAUAUAUAUUUGAGUGUGGAAGAUCUUAUUUUAUUUCAGCUCUGGAUUGUUAGUUCCUUGAGGACAGAAACAAUCUUUUGUUUAUUUCUGUGUUGUCGAAUCCUAGCACCUCCUAACACAUGCUAUUAAAGUUUGGUGAAUUAAACCCAUAUUAACCCAACCUGAAAGAGGAAUCUUGGCUGGGGCUACAGGAUUCACUUUCCACUUAAAACAAGCUUUGCGAACUAGAUGGAUAGGACAUCAAUUAGCAAGCUAACUGUAGGGCAACCACUUUCAACCCUUGACUAAACAUUAGAACCACAUAGGUUGCCAGAGACAAAUGUACCAGUCAGUGUUAAAAUAGAAUUUCAGAGCAAUGUUUCUCUGGCUUCCCAUUUGUUGUGUUGUGCUUACUAGUUGGAUUCAGGAUGCCGUUCAUGUGUCUAAACCCUGGAGCUUGCCGUGGCCUUGAAUUCUAAAGUGGAUGAAACUCCAUUGUGAAUUGCACCCCAUGGGAGGGUGUGAGGCACAGAUCUGGCUCUGUCUUGCUUUGCGUGGGACCCCACACGUCACAGGCAGAUCCUUGAGUAAGACACACGUCUCAUGGCAUCAUUGACAGAAAUUGGAACAACAGGAAGGCAGGCCAGUUUGGAGUGUAAGAUGUUGACAUAAGAUGAUGUUUUCUUUGUGAUAUGUAGAGUUCAAAAUCCUUACAACAUGACCAAAUAUUAAGAUUUAGUAAUCAGCAGAUUCUAGGAAUAAAGACAGAACUUUGGAAUGAUUGGCAUGGAGUUGAAUUGAAAGGAUUGAUGAGUUUUUCAAGAGGAAUGAGUCUCAGUUCAGUGCUCACAGAUGUCAGGUAGACUAGUAGACAGGAGACUGGUAUAGGGUUACCAUGGCCAAAGCAGGAGGAAAUGUCCGAUAGCUAUGAGUUUCUGAUUCAGCGUGAAUGAUGACUACCACUAACAGGAUAAAGUCUAUAGCAGCCACAGUCAAUUUGUAUUAUGAAGCUGAGGAAGUCAGAGUAUCUUCUAAGAGAAUGGGAACAAUCUGAAAUAUAAUAGGUAUAUGGCUUGAGAAGGGAGAUUAAACUUUUUAGAGUUUUUAAAAUAGCACCAUAUCAGAGGUUUUCAUUUAGCAAGAAAUCAGAUAGCGUUCUCAAGGAUAUGAGCUGUGUAAGAAAAUGUACUGAGAUUUAGAAGCCAGAAGAUGAACUCAGGCUUUCCCAUAAUAUAAAGACUUCUGCAUUGAAGGACCCAUGCUCCUUCAUGGGAACCAGAACUUUUAGUUAUGAGCUGGAGUCCAAAGCAACCAGCCAAAAGAUUAAGUGAACUGGAACAUAUAGUCCCGGGUAUACCCAAAACAACAGCCCUGUGAGGAGUUGACAGUUGCCAGAAUCCGUAAGCUCAUUAGGGGUAGCUGAUUUUUGUCUGGGCUACCUGACACUAAUGAGACUAAUGGUUUAAGUCAAAGUAAAUGUACUUUUUUUGAGAUUAGAUAAUUCUGCUUUGUUAGCAGAGGAAAUGGAGAGGUGAGCCAUGACUUUUUUCCUCUGUAGCGAAACAUGACAAUGAAGUCUACAUUGUAUAGCAAAUCUGUGAAAUUGAACUUUGAUGAGUAAAGAUCAAUUCUUUGAUAUACUCUGAAAAAUCCUUCAUGGAACUGUUGGAGGAGGAUGUAACAAAAUAUAAUUAUCAAAGGCACAUUUUUUAAAUGAGAUUUUCAUUGAGGAAUAUUGCUCAGAAGCACACAUUUUUAUUAUUCCUAAGUUCAAGUAUGUUUUGUAGAUUUACCGUCAACUUGUCCAACUUUUAUUUUAGAGCUGGUGUUCUUUGAUUAUUACUUGAGCUUAGGAGACUGACUUUAACAUUACUAAGUAUUAAAAUGAAACAGCAUUUUGAGAAAUAUGUUUCCAUAUAAGGUUGAUAUUCAUACUAUCAAAAUCUCUAUUUUUAAAUUUUAAUAAAGAUAUUAAAUUAUACAGGGGGAAGGUACUGUAUACUCUGUGAAUGUGAAUUUGUUUAAGUCAGUGUUGAUGGAAAUAUUUAAUAUUUCAUUAAAUAUUUUAAUGAAAAAUGAUGCAUAUGAAUGGUAUGCUAUUUCACUAAAAAUAUAUAUCCAUAUUAUAUAAUAGACUAGUCUUAGUUAUUUAAAUACUUGAAAGAAAAUACAGAUUUUAGGAUUUUGAGUUGAGGAUUUUUUUGCAGCUGGAGUCCCCGUUUCACAGAAUGUGGGUUUUCAUAGGAGUUGUAAUCCUUAUUUAGUUAAUGUUCUUUACAAUUAAAAGAAAUUCCAUAUUUGACUUUGAUAUUUAUUGCCACAACUUUUAGUGGAGAAAAAUUCUGGUGAUUCUAAUGAAUAGUAAAAGUCAUAAAAUGGGCUGAACACUUUUUGUAUCAUCUACCUGGAAACUGAGCUUACUUAUUUUUAAAUAACAGUACUCUAUUAGGAUAAGUUUACACCAAUGAGAUUAAUUUUGUGGCAGUGAACAGAAAAUGAACUACAGCAAAGUAAUGGCGUGUGAAGAACUUUUCAUGUUCAGAUUUGACUGAUGUCGCUAUAGUAAGUUAUGUAUUUGUGCAAAUGAGCUCCACCAAUAAUGAGAUCAGUUUGAAAAUAUAUUGCUGUAUAACUGAAUUAAAUCAAAAUGAAAAAUUUUACAGUGGUUGUUAAAUGCCAAAUUGAACUGAUCUCAUUAAAUGUGAAAUUCAAGUAUAUUUAUACUAUGGCCUAAAUUUUAAUACAUGAAAAUAAUGAGAUAUGACCAGAAUAGUUGGGAAUGUUACUUUUUUUUUUUUUUAGCAGUUUCUCAUUUCACAGUUCAGAUUUAUUUUCUGAGAUUUGAUGAAAUAGCUUAGAACAUGAGUAUGAAGUAUGUAACACUGCUCAGCUAACAGAGAAAGAGAAAACAUAUACUGUCCCAUGUUGUUUUAUGCAGGUAGUUUUCUCAUGAUCCUUACUUUAGGUUGUCACCUUUGUGUGUAAGUCAACGUUCACAAAGAAGAAAAAGUUCAUUAAGCACUUUGAGCAAGGCGCAGCUGUAUGCAGUAAACACAGAUGGAGCAGUUAUAUAUGAGGCUCCUAACUGAAAACAGACUUUAAUUCUGCUCUUGGAAUACCCUUAAUUGAACUUUCCAUCCGAGAGUGUGUGUUUCUGCUGCAGAGGCCAGCUGUCGCUUCAUCGUAGGCAUUCAUUUAUUUAUUGCUGCUCUGGGUGAAGUUCAGCAAACUGUCUCCACGAAGGAAGAAGAACAAGUCUGCCUCGCCGUUUGCUUCCUGUGGAAAUACCUGUGCAUGCUGAGUGUGUUACUGCUCUCUCUCCUCCUGUGGAGAAUUGCAAGUGGGGCCCUCCAAGCCGAGGCAGUAAGCAGCCUCCUCACCCCCAUGCGCUGUCUAGCCUAAGGCUAAAGUGUCUCAGCAGAUACCACAGGUGCUAAUAUAGUUUUCUUAACCCUGUUCAUUAUUAUAUCUUUUUUUUUAAAGCCUUUAUUGCGGUAUAAUUGAUGGGCAAAAAAAUGCAUGUACUUAAUGUAUACAUUUUGAUGAGUUUGGACAGAUGCAUAUACCUGUGAUGCCAUUACCACAUCAAGGUGCUAAACUUAGCCAUCACCUCCAAAAUUUUCCUGUGUUCUUUUGUGUGUUUUUUUCCUACCUAGAGUUAACUUGACUGGUGAUGUACUGAUCACUAGUGUAUAACAACAACAAAUGGAAAGUUGAGGACUGUGUGUGCAUUCGAAAAUGCAUUGUGGUGGUUGGGUGUCUAAUGAGAGAAUAUAGAGACAGAGGUCAUAAACUGCAACAUUCCAUGACAUUUUUAAGGAUGAAGGUGUGUGGCAAAGAUCACAAAGUUUUAUCAACAGUCAUCCCUUUUGGCAGAAACAUUUUAAACAUUAUUAAAAUCUCCUAUAAUUAGGUGAAAUUAGGUAGAAUUUCACUUUCUCAUCUCUAGUUGGGCUGAUUGUGCUAUGUACUCUUUAAAAGUUUUUUCUAAAUUCAAGUGGAUGUGAUUUGAGAAGUUUUCCCUUUAUCUUCUUUUGAGCCUUUAAAAUAUUAUGUUCUUUUGUGGUAUAUUCUAUGAUUGGAAAUAUAAAGCAACCUCCCAUGGGUUGGGAGGUAUACUCCUUCCACUACCUUAAUUUCUUUCUAAUAUUGAAUUUAAAUCUGUGGAGUUAAAUCUAAGCUAAUUUUUUAGAUUCUGUCUUGUUCUAUCUUCAGCCAACAUGGAAAAUAGCUGAUUUCCACAACAAAAAAUGCAAGAUUUUGGUUUUGUUUGUUAAAACAGUAAUUUCCUGCCGUGAAGAGUAAGAGAUUGCUAUUCUUAUUUGAAUCAGCAAGUAAAACUCCUUGCUUAAGCAGGAGGACAGGCUCAUUGCCAUGGUUGGAUUGGAGAGACUCGUUUUACAUGUCAGACUGUGAAUACCCACAUCCUGCAUCAUUGAUUAAUACCUCCAAGCCAUGCUUGAGAAGAUCCGUUAGAAAAUCCUAAGACGACUCCCGUCACCACCCCCACACCUUCCCUUCGCAGAAAGGGGAAUGGGAAACUUUGUUGGUGAAGUUCCCAGUGGAACUCUCGACGUCGACAGUUCCUAAUGCAAUGGGAAGAACCUAGUAACAUUCCAUGUAAAGUCCUCCCCGGCUAAGAAAUUGGGAAGAACUGAAAAAAUAAAUAAAUGGCACUCAACCAACCAGACAAGCAUGCUACUUUUCCAUGUCUGCCGUAAAGACAAUUUUACUUAGGAAUCUGGUUACUACUGGAUCAUAAUCAGAACAGAAGAUAGAUUCCAAGAGCGAUGAUACCCGAGCCCGGAGAAGGGUUCUUGCAGUCGGGGGAGCUGCUGAGCGUGCUCCUGAGCUGUGCCAAGCCUCCCUCCAGCUUCCGCAGCUCCACGGACCUGUAGAGCUGAAGGGACUUUAGAGUGAUGAAUUUAAUGUGUCAUUAGAAUGGUGACUUAAAUGCUAUUAGAAAUAUUGUAAAGGACUUCAAUAGUAAGAUGCAAAGGCAUUGUUUAGCACCUGAUUUCGUGUUGGGCUAGAUGAUGUACAAAGAGAUUUAAUCAGACCUUCCAAAGGAAAUAGCUGCAGCUUGCUCUUGCCUUCUGCAAAAUGAGGUUCCAUAAUCAUAAUAAAGUAAAAUGGGCAGCAACAAUACCUAUCGCUAACCUCUUCUCCUUUCCCGCUAUCAAAAGAAUUCAUGAAGUAUUUUUCUGUGCUAAUGUGUUAAAGCCUGUUAAAGAAGUUACAGUCAAUGCAGAAGUACACACACACACACACACACACACACACACACACACAGAUUAAGCAAAUGAAUGUGUACAGUACAUGUUCUGACUUUAAGUACAAUAAAUUUGAGAAAGUGGUCAACUGGUAAAUUACUUCAAAAACCACACUGAAGACAGAGUUCAGAUGUUAUUGGUGACAGGAACAUUCGAAUUCCUGCAAAGUCUGAGAGGCCUCAUGUUUCCCAGAGGCACAGGACAACAAACUGUCCUCUGUGAAAAUGGGAAAUUCUAGGUGCUGCAGGAGUCCGGGGGCUGGACAUCAAAGCCUGACACCAAGGAGGACAUAGUAAGGGGCAUGCUAUGGCAGUCCUCACAAGAACAUUAGAAGGUGGUUGAGAUGUUCAGUAAAUACUGCCAGGAAUCUGUUUCCCCAGCCCCUGAUUUACUAAUCUAUGAAUGAAUUAGUCAGGCAGAGUCUGCCAUGAGCUAGAGGCACUGAGAUGCCUGGGUGAGGUCAGACGUGCAAACAAAUAAUUCAGCACAGUUUGCUAAAUAUGUGAUAAUGCAUGGCUGGCAAAGGUGGAGGAAAGGUUGACUCCUCUUUCAGGAGGAGGCUGCAGGAGGGGAGUGUUUGCCUGCUUGCAGUGGAAUCACUAAGGAGCUUGUGAAAAUGUUCUUGGGCUCCAAGCCAGACCUACUGAUUAGCUUCUUUGGGAAAGGAGCUUUAUAAACUUCAGGACCACCAGCCCAGGGCCCAGGGCCCAGGGCAGGCAGAGGUGUUGGAGGUAGUAACUUCCCCUACCUCUUCUUCACUCAUCCUCUAUAGCUCUCUCCCUGACUUUCAAAGCACGUUUCUCAAUUUCCUACUGAUAAUUAACUGGCAGGGAUACUGUACAUAUAAUAGAAAGCUAUUAUCUAAAUAUUGAAAAUUUCAUGUCCAGCAGCCUAUUGCUAUGGGCACGUGCCUUCAUAUCACAUUCAUGCGCCUGGUCAGUACUCUGUGGUCCCUGGGAGCGCACAGCCACUCACCUGUCACAGUGCCCUGAAGCCCCCUGCCACGCCAGAUACUGAUCCUCUAGUGACAGGUCUUGUGAAGGUCCUGAGGCAGAGCAGGUGGUGAGGAUGGGAGGUAGGAGAGGCCCCUGGAGGACCUGGGACAUCCCCUAUUUACCAAUCAGCAUGGGAAGUAUUUCCAUAUUUUAGUAACUGGCGUGGUACCAGAAUGGCAGCUGAAUGUUUCCCUGCACGUCCACGAUGGAACAAAAGAUAAUGAGACAAAACAUGAAGAUAUACGUGUUCUUCAUAAAUUGAGGAUUUAAAUGCAUCUCAGGAGUAAAAUACAGACAAUGAAAAGGUGUUAGAGGCUAUGUACUAUCUGUGCACUUAAAUUUAUUAUUAUUUAUUUUUAAUUAACAAAUAUUAACUAUUUAUGGGGUACAAUGCAAUUGUAUACAUUCUAGAGUCAGGCCAGUUUACAUAUCCAUCACCUCACCAACUUAACAUUUUUUGGUGGUGAGAACAUUAAAAUCUAUUCUUUUUUGAAAUAUACAAUACAUUAUUAUUGACUGUGGUCAUCAUGCAGUGUAAUAGCUCGUUACUUAUUCCUCUAUUAUAGCUGAAACUUUGUGCCCUUUGACCAACAUCCCCUUUUUCCAUCCCUUCCCCACUUCUCCAGCUUCUAUGUUUUCGAUUUGUAUGAACUGGGCUAAAAAAAUUACUUUUAUUCCAUGUAAAGUUGAUAGUCACCAUUAUAGUAACCAAGUUACAGCGCUUGUAUUAAUCCUACCUGUACCCUUUGCAUUUGGGAGCCAGCUAGAAUAUAUUCCUAAUUCUCUAGAGCCCAUCCUUGGCUUGGUUUUCAUUGUACAGUUGCACCUUAACAUGUAUUCUCUCUGAGGCAUGACACUUGUUCAUGCCUUCUCUUCUCAGAGCCCUGGGGCAGAAUCAGACUGUGGACAUCUGAGCAGCUCACUGGUGUUCUACACAGUGCUGGGUCUCCACCAGAGGCUCCUCUCACGGCCAGCGGACGUGCACACAAGCCGAACGCUGUCCUGGCUCCUUCUGCUUUCUCACUUCUUCCCUCUGAGCUAACCCAGGCCUGGCAUUAGCUCUUCAGAUCCUUUGAGGAUGGAGGCAAGAUGUAUUAUAAAUAGAUGCAUAAGGUGUGACAAAUAUUUUGUGAAAUAUAAUACAAUACUUCUUCACACCAGUUUAUUAUGUAUAUUUUCUAGGUCAAUGCUUCUGAAAUUUUAAAGUGCACAGGAACCACCUGGGGAUUGGUUAAAACACAGAUCUGAUUGGGCUAGUGAGACAGUGUGGUCAAACUCCGGCCUGACAGAAAGGAUGCCCGUCAAAGGCAAAAGGACAUCAGCCCUCACAGAGAGAUCUACCCAGAAGAAUCAACUCUCCUCUGAGAAGGAAAAUGUUAAGAAACUCAAUAAGAAAAAUGCUGAGAAGACCAAUGCCUCUCUAGUUCAGAGAAGUUUUGCCAUUUAUCAUAUGGAAAGUCAAGAUGAGGUAGAAGAUUUUGCUCCAAGGAAUUGCAUAGAGCUGAGAGAGGAUAUAGUUGGAAAAGACAUUUCAUACACAGAGAACCUGAACAGACAAGAAGAAGAUAGUGUUGGAGAUGAUAAACAAGCCACUGUGGGUAAAAACGAACAUCCAGUGUUCAAAGAAGAGAAAAAUGGGCUUCAUUCUAUAUCUAGGGAAGAUAUUAGAGGAAGAGGAGCCGAGAAGAAAGGUGGAUUGGCAGCUGCAAAUGAGAUAGAGGCUGACCGAUGUCCACAUAAGAAACAACUCAUUGAUAAAACUAAUGGUGACCAAUUCCAUGAAAGGUGUGCCGGCAGCGCGGAGGCCGUCUCCGCACCAGGAUUCCUGGGGAGCCCAGCAGCAGGGCCCGCUGUCCAGAACGCUGGACAGACAGUGCACUCUGGCAGCAGCAAGCGCAGAGGGACAGAGGAGUGCCCCGUCAGUGAGGACAACAAAAAGAGCAGAGUAGAUGCAGUGGGCACAAGUGAAGAGCACAAGUGUAGGAAGACACAGGGAGCCAGACACACCCAGACGAACUCACAGGGCAAAACCCGAGAGAAGACCUCCCGAGAGCAAGAUCUCGGGACCCCAUUGGAUGAUGUCCUGGCUCCUCCUGCCCCAUUUGGCCAUCGUAUCGUGACGGCCAAGCAAGCAGCAGUCAACAGCUUCUACACUGUGAGCCAAACAGAAAUUUUAGGAGGGGGGCGCUUCGGCCAGGUUCACAAGUGUGAAGAGACAGCCACCGGCCUGAAGCUGGCAGCCAAAAUCAUUAAGACCAGAGGCUCCAAGGACAAGGAGGAAGUGAGGAACGAGAUCAGCGUCAUGAACCAGCUGGACCACGCCAACCUCAUUCAGCUCUACGACGCCUUCGAGUCUAAGAAUGAUAUCAUCCUUGUCAUGGAGUAUGUGGAUGGCGGGGAGCUGUUCGAUCGCAUCAUCGAUGAAAACUGCAACUUGACCGAGCUUGACACCAUCCUGUUCAUGAAGCAGAUCUGUGAGGGGAUACGACACAUGCACCAGAUGAACAUUCUCCACCUGGACCUGAAGCCUGAGAAUAUCCUGUGUGUGAAUCGGGAUGCUAAGCAAAUAAAAAUUAUUGAUUUUGGAUUGGCCAGAAGUUACAAACCCAGAGAGAAGCUGAAGGUGAACUUUGGAACCCCGGAAUUUCUCGCCCCUGAAGUUGUGAACUAUGAUUUUGUUUCCUUUCCCACUGACAUGUGGAGCGUGGGAGUGAUCGCCUACAUGCUACUUAGCGGUCUAUCCCCAUUCCUGGGUGACAAUGACGCGGAGACGCUGAACAAUAUCCUGGCCUGCAGGUGGGACUUAGAGGAUGAAGAAUUUCAGGAUAUCUCGGAGGAGGCGCGGGAGUUCAUCUCCAAGCUCCUGAUUAAGGAGAAGAGCUGGAGAAUGAGCGCAAGGGAAGCUCUCAAGCACCCCUGGUUGGCAGACCACAAGCUCCAUGCCAGACUCAACGCACAGAAGAAGAAGAAUCACAACUCUGAUGCCCAGGACCUUGGGACCAAAUAGUCUACGGGAAGCACCCAUUUGAAAGGAAAACUGCUGUGGUUGCUGCUAGUUUGAGAAAAUUUUUGGAAAAAUCAGCAGUUCUGAUGCCUUGACCCCUGUGAUGACUGGCGGCUGUAGCGCGGGAGUCCUCGAACUUGAACUCAGAGCACCUCACGCCACACGCAUCCCCCCACCCCGUGGGAGUGCAUAUUGGGAAGAUGUUUUCCUGCCAUCUUGAGUUUUCCAUUUUUAUUUUUUAUUUUUUGGUCUUAGUCACUGGGGCAGGAAGUGUGUUAUACCUGCUAUUUCUCAGAUUACUACAGCAGUCAUGUGUGAGAUUUAUUGGCGGUUUUAAAACCUGGAGGAUGCAUUCAGAGGGAGAAAACAGCUCUGGUCACUAAACUAUACCUUUUGAAGGGGUUCUAUGUUACCAAAACAAUUCUAAGUCUGGUACAGCCUUGAACAUUUAGUUUGUCAGACUUCAUGAUUUUGAUUUGGUCUAAAAUCAGGUGAAUUCAAUGGAUAACUACUUUGCUGGGUGGAACAUAAGGCUUCUAUGAAUUCUGAGCAAGAGGCACCAAA